GUUUUUGGAUCAAAGUUAUUUAGUGCGAGUGGGCAAUGAGCCUACUUCACUGCUCCCUUACUUCAGCCAGGAAGGGACCAUAAGCUCUUCAGCCUUAUCAUCAUUAAAUGGAAGAUCCUAAUAUUCCAAAGCCGCAGCAAUCACCUUUCCUUUGUCUCUGAGUUUUGUAGGUAGAAAUGGAAGACUUUGACGAUGAUUUUGGAGAACUUUACGCUGAUGCUGAAGUUCACAGAACUUCAGCUGCUGAUGGCGUGCCUGAUUUUGCUCGAUUGUACAUAGAGGCCGAAGAAGAUGAUGGCAGUGAUGGUAGGAAGAGUCAAGAUGCUAAGCUUAAGGAGGAUUCUGUCUCCGACGCAAUGAAAGUCGAUGCUGAAUGCGGCGAAUCGACACGUUCUGACGGCGAGGUUUCUGAGUCCAGUGCUGGGAAGGAGGCGAAUGAUGAUUAUAUUGGAAGUGACAGUGAGGAUGAUUUGAACAUAGUGUUGAAUGAUGAGGAUUGCCCGGGUUUUCCAGUUGGGGUUGUUAAGAAUGAGGGAGUUGUUAGAGGAGUUGGUUAUGAUGAGGAAGAUAGUGAUGAAGCUAUAGGCCUCACUGACGGGAGCAAUUUGGGCAAGAACGGGAAGUGCGGAGAUCAACUUGCUGAUGGGACGGAACUGGUGAGUUCCAACGGACUUGGAGUUCAAAAUAGAAGUGGACUGAAAGGUGGAUGCAAAUCACAGUAUUUUCACCAUAAGUAUGUAAGGAGAGGUUCAGCAUUAGUGAACAAUACGAAAAGCAACAAGUCCAUGGGGCUGGUUUCCUACCUCCCUUCCUUUACUAAAGGUGGGCGAAAUGGUAAUGCAUCUAUCCAGAAACAAGUAGCAAGCUCCUCCUACAUUGCUCACAUGCAAACUGCAGCAAAUCCGAUGGUGUUUCAAUGUGGAUACGGAUCAUAUCUUCCUUGGCACUGGAGUAUAUUUGAUGUAAACAUUGAUACAUUAGAGGAGAAGCCAUGGAGGAACCAAGGAGUUGACAUAACAGAUUACUUCAAUUUUGGUUUUGAUGAGAACACUUGGAAGUACUACUGUGCAUCACUGGAGCAACUUUGGGAAGCCUCCCUGCAAGCUGGUAUUUCUGUUAAGGAGUCUUCAAAAAUUAAUCUGGAUGACAUGAGAGAUCAAACUGAACAAGCUGUAUCAGGGAGUUUACUUUCACCUUCAAUAGGAUGUGAACUGCCAAAAGGUAGAGCAAUUCAGAUUGAGGAGAGCAAGUUUGAGCGCCAACCAUCCAUGGAUGUAAGGCGUCCACGCAUUAGGGAUUCUGAUGUGGUGAUACAGAUCAAGGUGCUUGAAUCCUCUGAUAGUCAUUCUAAUUCUGGUAAUAGCAAUGUGCAAGAAUUAUCUGAAGAGGGCAAAUUUUGUCCUGGCAAUAACAUAAAUAUUCCCAGUUCUGUCAGUGAACAUGACAACAAGCUAUCUGAAGAGCCAUUGGAAGAUGUUAAAAAUUCAGAGGACUCUUCCCCCAAGGAAAGAAAAGAUCCAGUUCUUGUUGAUAAAAAUGGAUGUCAGGAUCAGAUGGAAACACGUUCAGAAGAUACUGCAGAAGAAGCAUCAGAGGAUGAGUCAAAAGUAGAGGAAGCAAUUGACGUAGGCACUUGCACCACUGAUCAAUGCUUGAUUGAAUCACAGUUAUCAUUUGGAGACCACGACCUUAGCUUGACUUCCUAUUCUGACAGUGAAUCUGAAAACAGUGUACAUGCUGACUAUGAGAUAAAGCACAGCCAAAGAAGGCAAUUAGAAAAGUCUACUACAAGCUUGAAAGAGUCUGCACCAGCAGAUUGUAAGAUCCCAAAGAACAACAGUUUCAACAGAAAACAUGGAAAUAUGGAUUAUUAUUCUAGAAAAAGAGGUCCAAUUCAACAAGAAUGGAAGCCUCUAAACCAUAGCCAUGACCCUGGUUCUAAACUGCAUAAAUUCAGUGAAAAAGAUAAUGAUAUCUUCUCCAAGUCCAUGCCUGGUGCUAGAGAGCUGCCUCUCCUUGGUCAUGAUUUUUUUAAAUAUGGCCGGAAGGACAUACAACUGAAAGAUUAUGGUGGUUGUAAAAGAAGAGAUGCUUCAUGUUAUGGGGAAACAGAACAAUCCUACCAUUAUGAUGAUGAAAAGGUAGUUGAUGAUAUGGUUCACACUGUUUCCACUAGACACUCGUAUGGCAAAGAUCGUGACAGCUUUAGAGAGCAUACAAAGCGAGAUGUCAGAAGGGAGUGGGAUGGGAAGGAUUAUGUUUUUGAACAUAAAACUCUGAAGGAGGAUAAUGAUGACAGUCUACAAGAUUGGUAUCAUGCUGAUGGAGGAUACUCUGCUGAUGAAUUGAGUCCUCUGUCCUAUAGGGAGUCCAGGCAACUUAUGUCAAGACAUUGCUCUUUUCCUGCCAAGGAGAGGAGUAUUCAGCGGAGAAGAAAGCAUGAGAAGCCCUAUUUUAGGGACAGAAACAGUGAUAAAGAUAAUUGGUUUAACGAGUGCAGGCUUGACUUCAUAGACGAAAGCUAUACUGCUUCUAUUGAGAGAGAAGUGGAAUCACUAGAUAGUAAAUAUGAACAUCAGUGUCUGGAACCGAGAAGAAUUGUCAGACAGGGGAGACAUCAUGUCAGGCCUUCAUUAGAAUUAAACAGCUUAUGGUCUGGGAGAAUUGAGGAUGAAGGUCAGGAAUACACUGGUCAUCAGACUUCAAAGUUGCCCUAUUGUAGACAAUUUUAUCCAGAUUCACAUAAAAAUUUUGUGUAUGAUACAGAAGUAAGUGAAUGUCUGAGAGGUCAUAGGAAACAUAAACAUGCUAGAGAAAGCAGAUGUGGUGACUGGUAUUGUAAUAAUAUUGAUGGUUCAAAAGAUGAAGAUUUUAUAAUCCAUCCUGCAAAAGAGUGUGACUUGGGGAGUAGAAGAUACAGUUCUCCAUCUGAAGUCCUAGAUUGGAUUGAGGAUGAUGUUAUGUUAGGGCAUCAUGAUACAUUUCAUGCUGAUGAGGAAACAUUCUCCUAUGAGGAGACAUCAUGGCAUAACGUGACUCAUGCAAGAUAUGAAUCUCUGCAUGAUGAGGUGGAAAUUGAUCAUAUACGAUUGCAGCGGCAUCACUUCCAUAUGCCAAGGAGAGGUAGUGACAAUUGUAUAGAAAGAUGCUAUAAGAUUGCCAGUAGAGAUAACCGUGGGCAGGCAAAGUGCUGGAAUUCAAUUGACUUGGUUAAAGGGGAUGGAAAGUUUCAUGGAAGAAGUUCCAGAACUAGAAGUUUGUUGUGCGGUGGUAGGAUCAAAAACUUGGAUCAGGACUUUGCCAAGAAGCGGACAGCUUCUAUGGGCAUAUAUAAAUCCCAUGAUGAGAAAGCUGCAAAAUUUGAGAGUAACUGUAACCGUAGGAAAUGGCUUCACAGUAUUCCAGAUAAGGAGCAUAAAGGUUUGGAAUCUGAGGAAGGUCAGAUGGUGACAGAAGAGCCAUGCAUGCUGGGUUCAAUGCACAGAAGGGAUCUUUCUGAGGGUGAAGCACAGACUGGCAGCAAGAAGAGGAUGCUUCACAAUGAAAAUAACCGGGAUAACAAUACAAGUGGUCAGGAUAACCAAAGGAUUCUUGAGACGUUAGCUAAGAUGGAGAAACGUAGGGAGCGCUUUAAGGAGCCUAUUGCAAUGAAAAAAGAAACAGCGAAGAGUUUGAAUUUGAAGCUGGAUGAUAGCUCGAUUGUUGUUACAGAUGAAACAAAGCAACAUAGGCCACCUCGAAAACGGCGCUGGGGUGGUAAUUAAAUUCCUGCUGCACUUUGAGGGCUCCCUUGUCCUUCAAUUUUGACAAAUGGUACACAGAGUAUAAUGAGGUGGUCCACAAUUUUUUCGGUCCAAGUUUUGUUUUCUUGACAAAGUGAGAUUAUGAUGAGACGACAUUUUUACCAUACUUCAGCAAGCAAUAAAGUGCAUGCGGCCUUGUUAUCAUGGCGAAUUUAUUGAAAGCUCUGUAUUGUGAUGGCUGUAAAUAAAUCUGACAUUUUUUAAUAUAACAUGCCCAUUUCUGAAUGCCA